CGGAGCGCGGGGAGCUCAGCCGCAGCCAUGGCGUCGCAGCUGGAAGGGGCCAUGGAGACCCUGAUCAAUGUCUUCCACCACUACUCGGGCAAGGAAGGGGACAAGUACAAGCUGAGCAAGAAGGAGCUCAAGGAGCUGCUGCAGAGCGAGCUGGGAUGUUUCCUGGAGACCCAGAAGGACGCGGGGGCCGUGGAGAAGAUCAUGCAGGACCUGGAUGAGAACGGCGAUGGAGAGGUGGAUUUCCAGGAGUUCGUGGUCCUGGUGGCCACCCUGACCGUGGCCUGCAACACUUUCUUCUGGGAGAACGCCUGACCCUCCCCUCUCCUGCCGCAGAUCCCAAAAUCCAGAGCGCCCCCAGAGCCCCCAGCUCAGCCCCUCUGCACCCCGGAAUCCCCAGGGGAUCCUGAUGGGAUCCAGCUGCACAAUAAAGGCACCAACCCAACCC